AUGGACGUGUCGACAAAAAAGUUAUAUAAAGGGGUUACACCUUCGACGAUAGUAGCCUCGGGUGAAUACACGUGGUCACCCGAGGACACUACUAUCGCGUUUGAAGGUUCGUCGUUUAUUCGGUGA